AUGGGGAAAGAUCAUCAAUUUUGGAACACACAACCUAUUGAUAGAAAUGGAACGGGUGUUAUAUCAAGCAAAGCCUCUGGAUCUCUAGAGCAACCCAAGCUCCCUGAGGGAUUCAGGUUUGAAGAUCUUCGGUGUGUCGAAGAAGUCGCCGAGUUUCUUGAGAAGAACUAUGUAGAGGAUGUUUGUUCUAAGCAUAAGCUUAAAUAUUCUUCAGAUUUUCUAAGGUGGGUGGUUGAUUCUGAAGACAAGAGGAAGAAGUAUUGCAUUGUUCUUCGACUCUAUGGAAGGAUGGUAGGAUUUAUAUUUGGGAAGGAGCACCAUGUUGUGAUCCGGGGAGUGAAGAAUAGAGUAAUUGGAGUAAACUUCCUGUGUGUGUCAUGUGAUAUGCGAGGAAAAAGACUGGCACCGGUACUUAUAAAGGAGGUUACAAGGCGAGCGAAUGUGGAUGGUAUUUUUAAGGGAGUUUUCACAAGUGGAACAGAGCUAUUUUUCAAUGUUUCUCGCGGUAGGUAUUACCACCGACCUUUGAAUGCAGAGAAUAUGUUUAUGAGUGGGUUUAGUGAUCGAAUGAUGGAGGUUAGAGAAGUGCGGGUGAGAAAAGGAACAAGAAUUGCUGAGGAAAAGGACAUGAAGGAUAUAGAAAGGCUAUAUCUGGAGGAGAGUAAGCAAUACAUGUUUUAUGAAGAAAUGGAGCUAUCGGGCAUAAUAUCUACAUUUAAGCCUGUAAAGAAUGUUCUAUACACGUAUGUGCACGAGAGCGAUGGACACAUCGAUGGAUUCGGAGCAUUCUUUGUAAUUGAUACGAUUGAAAAGAAAAGUAAUCGAAAAGUUCAAGGCGGAUAUCUAUACUACAAGGGAGGAAAGGACAGCACACAGAUGGUUGAAGACCUUAUAUACUUUGCACAGAGGGAGGGGUGCGAUGUAUUCAAUUGUCUUAAUAUGAUGGGGAAUUUGUCGUUCUUAAGAAAUCUCGGGUUCUACCCAGGUACUGGCGAGCUUCGAUAUUAUCUGUACAACUGGAGCAGUGGGGAAGUGCCAAAGGAAAAAGUGUUUUUCAUUCUUCCAUGA